AUGUCAAUGGCCUUGUUUACUAAGUUAUGGUGGAAUUUCAGGACUAAACCAUCCUUAUGGAGCGCUUUCAUGAGCAACAAAUAUUUAAAGAAGAAUAAUCCAAUUCUUGUCCCUUGGAAACAAGGGUCUCAUGUAUGGAGGAAAAUGUUGCAGGCUAGGGACCUGAUGGAUCAUCAAAUUUGGUGGCAGCUGAGAAUGGGCUCUUCAUUAUUAUGGUUUGAUAACUGGUCUGGUCUAGGCCCAUUAUAUUUCAUUGUCCCUCCUGAAUUUCAAUGUAAUGAAGCCAUAGAGAAUGUUUCUGAUGUAGUUAUUGAUGGUAGGUGGCAUGUGCCUGCCAUAAGAAAUAAUUUGCCUGAGGAUUUGGCUGAAUACAUCUUGCAUGAAGUAAAGCCACCUGCUAAACCUGGAGAGAUUGACAAGCCUUGGUGGAUGUUGGAGAAAAAUAGAGAAUUUAGUGUCAAAUCUGCAUGGGAAUAUUUAAGGAGCAGAGGUGAAAAGAAGAAGGUGUACAAGAAAAUUUGGGUCAAGGGAUUUCCAUUCAAGAUAGCUUUUCUGAUGUGGAGAGUAUGGCAUUUCAAAAUUCCUCUUGAUGAGGUUGUAAAGAGUUGGGGAUAUCAUAUGCCUUCCAGAUGCUUUUGUUGUGUAGAACCAAAGGAAGAGAAUGUUCCUCAUAUAUUCUUGAGAAGUACCACUGCACAAGCAACAUGGAAAUAUUUUUGUGCAGCAGAUGGAAUAAAUGUUGAUGGUAUGCACUUGCAUCAGUUGAUUAUGCAAUGGUGGACAGCUGAUGUUCCAUCCAGACUUCAGAAUAUUUUCUAUGCUAUCCCAUCUAUCAUAGUUUGGCAACUUUGGAAGAAAAGAAAUGGAGAUAAGCAUAGGGACAAGGUGUCAACUAGUAGAGUUAUUUAUCAGGCUUCUACUGAUGUUCAGCAGUUGGUGAGAAGUAGGAAGCCUGGAAUCAAAACAAUUCCACAUAGGUGGCAUGAUAUUCUGAAGAUUUUGGAACAGUUUGUGCCAAAACUACAAGUCACCAAGGUCAUGUGGAAAUUUCCACCUGGGGUGUUUGGAAGUGCAACACAGAUGGGGCAAGUAGAGGUAAUCCAGGCAGAAGUUCCUUUGCCUUUUGUGUGA